AUGUCCUGGUUGUCGGUGGAUGCGGCUUUAAUUACCGAUGUAAGUGGGAAGCCUGACCUCCGAUUUGCGCACCCUCGCCUACGCGACCGAUACCCGUCAUAUAAGAACACUAAAGUAUCCGUUCUCGACCUUCGAACAACACACAACCGAUUUCCUGGAGCGGACUAUUAUGAUGCAGAUAUCCUGAACACCGAACAAUUGUUGAAAGUGUUUAGGAUAGUGAAGCCGGAUGUAAUCAUUGAUACCGUCUCUCCACCGCCGCUGGAAGGGGAGAGGGAAAUGCUAUAUAAUGUCAAUGUCAACGGCACAAAGAACUUGGUGGAGGUCGCAGGCGGUGCUAAAGGAGACUGGGGUGGAAAAUGCAAAGCAUUCGUGUACACUAGCUCGUCUUCGGUGGUACAUGACACACAGGGAGACUUGAUUAAUGUUGAUGAGAGAUGGCCGAAAAUUGUUGGCAAGCUCCAGCAAGAGUAUUACACUGAAACAAAGGCACUUGCGGAAGAUUUCGUUCUCAAGUAUAAUGGCACCUCCCCCUCCGGCAUGCUGACAGUUGCUAUUCGACCUGCCGGUAUCCACGGCGAGCGCGACACUACUCUCACGAAAAAGCUGGUUGAGCAUGGCUCCAAAGCAUCUCCUCUUGUCUUAUCCUUUCAACUCGGUAACAACGACAAUCUAUUUGAUUUCACCUACGUCGGCAACAUUGCCUAUGCACACAUGCUUGCCGCUGAGUUACUCCUUGCCACUAUGAAACGGAUUGAGACAAAAGCAGUUCUUCCGCUUGAUCAUGAGCGUGUCGAUGGCGAGGCAUUUAAUAUUACCAACGAUAGCCCUGUGUACUUCUGGGACAUGGCCCGUUCCAUAUGGGCAUUGAUGGAUCGCUAUGUUGAACCCGAACAAGCCUGGGUGCUGCCAGAAGGAGCCCUUACCGUUAUUGGAGGCAUACUAGAAACGGUAUUCGGAUUGUUCGGAAAGAAACCACGACUUACACGACGAGAAGUUAGAUACUCUUCUAUCCAAGAACGGUCAUUGAACAAGCCAGACCGAUCGAAGGGCGCCAGGGCAAUAUCAAUCGUCGAAGGGCUAAAACUUUCAAAUUCGGUCUUUUCUUCACGGUUUUGCGGUGACGUGAAGGAAGUAGGAAGGUAUCCUUUUGUCGUAUUCUCGAAGGCCAUGGCAGCAUACUAUCUAGAAUUAUUGUUCUUCACCAGCAUAUACCAGGCUUUAUCACAGUCUUCUCGAAUAAUCUUCACUGCAGUAAAUGUUCGAGACGUCGGGCAUCAUCUCAAACGGUUGCAGAGCGAUACCUUAAAAAAUGCCUACUCCGUCAAAUAUUGA